GAAAAAGCAAAAGCCAAAAGAAGAAGAAAACGACCGACCCAAAGAAGAAGCGUGGAUUGCUGGAUUUGCUGGUGGAUCUCGGGCAUUGUCCGUCGUACAUCAUCCCCGUUUCCCCCAGGUAAAGACUAGACUGUAGGCAGCGACAGCGGACGUCGUCGUCGAUAGCGUCGGCAGCGACGUCAUCAAAAAAAAAAUCAUAAAUACCAUACAAAAUGGAUGAAGAUGAUAAUCUGUCAAAUGCCGAUAUCAGCAUCGAUGACGAGGAGGAACGUACCCGAGCCAUGGUCCAGGCCAUGAUAGACGAGGAUGAUGAGGAUGACGACGACGAUGAUGAUGAUGAUAUAGUUGAUGUUGCCGAACCCCAAGAAUCCGAUAUGGAUCUCUUAUCGGUUUAUGUGCUGCCUACAAAUGUGACUGUAAAUUCAGGCAGUGCUACCAAUUCGGUUCCCACUACUGCAAGUCGAGCAAGUGGUGGAGGUGGAGGAGGUAAUUCACAUUCACCAUUUCAUGACUGGGAUUCUAGUGCCACCACCAGUACAGCUGGAGUUGGUGCUGGAGCGAGUAGUAGUGGCAACAAAUCUUCAACAAAUGUCCACGGCGGUGCUGAUGAUACAGGCACCACCAACGAUGAAAGCAGUAAUUCAGGAUCAGGCGCUAAGCCGAGCUUCUUCUUUGGCGCCUCUUCAUUUAGUCUACGCAGUCGCAAGGAAGUGGCUGCCCUGAUCAAUACUGAAUGCUGUCGUGGCAAUGGUACACCAGAUCUGGAUUCCAUAAUGGAUACAUUGUUUAAUCCGGGUACAGCUAUUGAUAAUCCAGAUAAUAUUGAAUGGAUACGCUGGCUAAUAGCAGGCGGUCGUACGCCACAGGAGUUUGUAAAAAUUGUGCGGAGUUAUGACAACCAUGCGAAAUGUGGACUGGUCUGGGUACCCCAUGUGGUGGCUUAUCGUUGUCGCACCUGUGGCAUAUCGCCGUGUAUGUCUAUAUGUCGGGAUUGCUUCAAGAAAGGAAAUCACACAAAUCAUGAUUUCAAUAUGUUCUUGUCACAGGCGGGCGGUGCCUGCGAUUGUGGGGAUACAUCUGUAAUGAAAGCCGAAGGCUUUUGCUCUGAUCAUGGCAUCAAUAAUCGCGUCAAUCGUGAUCCUGUGCCUAAUAAUCUAUUGGCUGUGGCUGAGGCAAUAAUGCCCAAACUAUUAUUUCGUCUCUUGCAACAUUUUCGCGAACAUAGCGACACCUCGUUGCAAGCGCAUGCAAUGGCCUCGUAUUCUUGCGAGGAAUUUGCCAAUAUGCUGAUCCAUUUAAAUAAUAUGGGUGAGAUAAUGCGCAAAGUUAUGACACGGACAUUGAUCAAUCCGGAGGUCUAUGCAUAUUUCAUGGAAACACCAUGCCAGGAUACACCCAAUGGCCGUUUCCUUAAAGCAAAUCGUGAGAAAUAUGAGGAUGCUGUGAAUCGUUUCCCGAAUCCCGAGCCACCUGAUGAAUACCGCGAUUUGCCAGCAUUGGGCGAGAAACUGGUCCAUACCACACUACUCGAGGAGUUUAUAUUCUGGACGUUUAAGUUUGAAUUUCCUCAGACUUUGGUAUGCUGUCUGCUCAAUAUGCUGCCCGAUCAAGACUAUAAGGAACACCUGACCCGCACCUUCGUCAUGCACUACAGUCGCAUACCGUCUGUGCUGGAAAUGUCACGCGAUCCCGACACCCUAAGCAAUCGUGUCGUGCAUAUGAGCGUUCAACUCUUCUCCAACGAGAGUCUGGCCCUCAAAAUGGUCAACGAAUUGUCGCUGCUGCAUGUGAUGAUCAUUAGUUUAAAGUUAAUGAUGUCCAAGAUACUCAUACAAAAUACAUUGCAUGAUUCGACGAAAAAUUUCCAUUUUGUCAUUGAUUGUACACGUCAAGUAAUGAAGGAUCAUUGCUAUUGGCCACUAGUCUCUGAUUUUAAUAAUGUCCUGUCUCACGAAUCGGUGGCUUUGGUUUUUCUACGUGAUGAUAAUCUCAUCGAUAUGUGGUUUCAGUUUCUCCAAAUGCUCCAGGGCAUGAAUGUGAAUGUCAGAGAGACGGCAUCGCAUGUGGAAUUCGAACCAAAUAGUUAUUAUGCGGCAUUCUCUUGUGAAUUGGAAGCCAGUGCGUAUCCCAUGUGGUCGAUAAUAUCUCAUCUGCAGGACGGUACACAUGCUCAUCUAGCGAAAAAGAUUAUCAACUAUUGUGUCACUACAUUGCAUGAAUGGCUAGAUUCGAUAUAUUUUAUGGAACCAAAAAUGCCAUUGGAGGAAAUGAUGCAGGCCUCUUUUCAUUUUCCGUUACAUCGUUAUCUGGCUGCCUUUAUAUGUCAGGCUGUAACCAAAAUGGGCAUCAGUUUGAAUGAUGUGCUACCCCAUCGUCCAUAUAUCUUGCCUCUACUAAUGAUUCAUCCGCUUCGUGUACAGAGCUUCUUUUAUGAAAUUCUUGCUGGAAAAUGGGUUCGCAAUGGCCUACAAAUCAAAGGUCAGGCCAUGACCUACAUUCAGGCCAACUUUUGCAACUCGAUGGCAGAUAUGGAUCUCUUUUUUCUUCAGAUAUGCGCCACCACCCUGCCCCAGUACUUCUUUCUGCAGAAUACCAUUGAGCUCUUCGAUGUGGGGCAAUGGCUGGAGACAGCGCCACUGAAGCAGCCCCCGAAGGCGGAACAGUCUUCCAUGUUGGAAGGCUUUCUGACAUUCCUCGCUACCCUCGUGACGAGUCGUACGAAUCUUGGCAAUGAUGAGGCCACCCAGUGCAUCAUUGAGAUUAGCGCUCUCCUGGCCACCGAGAAUAAGACACAUUCGCAGCUUUUAGAACUGAUGCCGGAACGAUCGGGCAAUGUACACACCAAAAAUUUUGAAACGUUUCUCAAGAAACUAUCUGUCUAUAAGGCCCCAUCCAGUGGAUCAGAGAAUUUAGAACAGGGCCUCUUUACGCCCAUUGACGAAGUGUGGGAGAAAUACUACGAUCCUCUGCAUGUCCUGCUACGUGCUGUCCACCGUCGAGAUUUCCAAUCUUCACUGGAUCGUUUCACCAACUAUGUCAAGUCAAAAGGCAAAAUGCCGGCCAGUGGCAACCUUUGGCCGCCGUUUCGCCUACCGCAAUCUUUGCCAGCUGGCAGCUCUUUCAGUGAUCCUUGUCGUAUUCUCGACUCCCGCGUCUUUCACUCUACCAUAUUGUCGAUAUUCUUUCGCGCUGUCCACACGCGUGAUGUCUCUGAACAUCUGCUGGCUCUCGCCGUCUUUCUGCUGGAGAUCUCGGUAGAGACGAGUGGCGAUGCCAGUGCGAGACCUGCGUCAGGCAAUGCAACAGUCGCUGCUAUGGUGGAGGUACCGGGUAUGGUAGGCGGUGCUGGUUACCAUCACGCCUACGGCCCGGGAAGACAAGAGCCACCUAAAUUGUUUCAGUGCUAUCCCACGGACAAUCUCAGUUGCAAUUUGCGGCAUGUGGUGAAACGUGUAUCGCUCAAAUCGCGUGAUCCGCAAGUUAUCACAUCCAAUUACCGCUCCAAUCCAUUCUACGCUGAUCUGGACUUUGAUGUUGAGACAGAUUCGACGGAGCAAACCAUGCGCUAUGCCAUUGGCUUGUCCGAGUCCGAUACGGAUGAGGGGGCAAGUGGUGGAACGACGACGGCCGGAGGAGGCCGAGGAGGUGGGGGAGGAUCAACUGUGAGUCGACGUGGUGUCACUCAAGCUUUGGUGCCCAUGCGAGUGCCUGGAAUGGAAGUGGCAUUGCCACGAGAUCUAUCUGUUGUAGCGGAAACUGGUGUGGUUAUUCGCCAGGAUAGCAAUGAGGACGAUCUGUUGCGGGACGAUGACAACGCCAUGGACAUGAGCCCGGCUGCUCUUGAUUUUCAUUUCCCAAUGCAGCCGAUCACAUUGCCCGAGAGUGGCAUGGAAGUGGCUAUACGCAGAGAUCUCUUACUGGCCGAGACAAACAACGAGGCACGCGGAGGAGCAGAAUCCAUUGGUCCAGGUGCUAGCAACAUGAAUGCUGGAACUGCAGGCACUGGCGCUGUCGGCCCUACAACGCGAAGUGGUGGCGGAACUGCUCCCAAUGAAAUGUUUUCACCAACCACUCCAACCGGUGGUGGGAUGUUGCUGCCGUUCCAACGUGUCCAGCCCGUUGCUGUGCCCAGCAGUAGUAACAUGGACAUUGUUCUUGGAGCUGGUAGUUUCAUCGCUAGCGGAGGACGCCAUCGCCAUCACCAUCAUCAUAAUUACGGGGAUGCUGGUGGGGCACGCAAGCGUUCGGUGGACAUGGCCAUUGGUGGCAACAACAAGGAUGAGCUACAAAUGGACGAGAGCAUAUUGUCGCUGCUCCUCAAGUUGCACUCUCAGCUGAGCGGGACGCUGGACAGUUUCUCGCUAAGCGAUGCCGAGAAUGACGAAGGUGGAAGCGAAUCGCCAUUCAAUGAUCAGGCAAUGGAGGUGGAUUGCAAUGAGGCUAGCACAAGUGCUGCCGCUGUGGCCGAGAGUACAGCCUUAGCGGAGCGUAGAAGUACGACAGGCGAGAGGAAGCGUAGCAGCUAUAACAACAUUCAUGUUUCCUCGUCGAGGAUCGGCGAUGGUCCGUUCUUCAUUGGCAAUCUGUUGCGGAAAAUAGCCAAACAGGAUGAGUUGUGCGCCCAAGCCAUCGAUGACAUUCGGGCCCGUCUGUGGCCCAAUCAGCGCGAGAAACAGGCCGAGGCCAAGGCCCGCGAAACAAAAGAAAAGGAAGAGCGCCGCAAGAAGGCACGUGAGCGUCAACAGAAAAUGAUGCAGGACUUUGCGAACAAGCAGAAACAGUUUAUGCAAUCGGCGGCAGCUGCUGCCACCAAUAUGGUGUACGGUGCCGAGGAUGAGGAAGACGAGGAUGUAUACGAGGAGCAGCCACGCGAGAAGGAAUACGAUUGCAUUAUAUGCAAUUGCACCACGCCCAGCACUGAAACGAAUCCCAUUGGCCUGGUGGUCUUGGUGGAGUCCAGCGGCAUUGUCGGACAUCGGCGGCGUAUAUCAGAGCGUCUCCCGUUGCCAUUGAGUGCAGAGGAUGAGUUAAGAUUGAAUCAUACCACAAGAUUAGCCACCGAAUUCAGUCGGCGUACCGAUCUGCUAAGCUUGAAAUUUGGCGAAGAGUCAUGGUAUCUUUCUAAUAACAUGUCCUACGACAAUGGCGUUCAUGUGCAGUCCUGCGGUCAUCAUGUGCAUCUCAGCUGCUUGGAGGCAUACCUCAAGACGUUAUAUACCACACAGCGUCAGCCUGUGCAGGAUCGCGGCGAGUUCUAUUGCCCGGUGUGCCGGCAAUUGUCCAACUCAGUGCUACCGCUCAGUCCACAAUUGGAUAGGCCGACGCAUCUGGUGCGUUCGGGUAAUCAGCCAUUUGAGCAACUUGUUGCCGAUCUCACCGAUCUGAUCAAAGAGAACGAAAAGAUACCACAACCUACUAAGCUAACCGAAGCCAUGGGCCAUGCCAUGGAAGUGAUGACGAAUAUAGCCCAACGCAAGGUGAAAUGCGCUUCAACGACGUUCCGAAAGCUCUUCAUAUUUGUGACAUCGAUAGCGCGGACCAAUCUGGAGGCGGAGAUCAUACAACGCGGUGGCUCGCUUUGUUCCACAAAUGCGACACGUUAUAAACCAAAACGGGAUUGUAUUGUGCCGCUGCUCCAUGUACUCUCUGUCCAUGUUCGGGUAUUGGUGGAGUGGCCAUUGUGGAGUAGUUGGGCCUCAUUGGCCGGAUUACCUGUUAGCGAUACAGAGCCAUUGCCAGUUCAUUGCCUAGAGCUGAUACCUAGUCUGUUGGCAGAUCCGAUAGCUUUACUGUUGAAGUUUAUACUUUUGGCGCCACUUCAUUUGGAUCAGGACUACUUCACCUGCAUUGUUAAAGUCAUGUAUAAUCUGUUAUACUAUCAGAUUGUAGUCCAACUUUGCGUCACCCUGACUGAUCUCGAGUGUGAUCAUAUUCUGGACAAUUAUGGCCAAAAUAAACAGCAGCAACAACAGCAACAAUCUGGAUCGCCGACGUCGCCCGCCAGCACAAGUAGCACAGGAGGACGUAAACGAGUUCAUGGGAACAAUAGUGGGAUAAUGGGUAGCAGUCAGCUAGGACAAGCCAUGGCCUUGGUGAUUAACGAAACGAAUCGUCUGUCACAUUUACGUAGAGAUAGUAUACCAAGCACCAGCAGUUCGGCAGCAGCAGCUGCAUCACAGCUGGGCACAGGUACAGCGACUGGCACCGGCACAGGAACCACCACUGCCGAUGUUAAUCUCAAGUCGAUGGAGCUUCAAUUACAAUCGUUAUGCCUGCCAUUCCUAAGGAUUGCGGCAUUAUUGCGUCAGCAUUUGUAUCGCCAUGACAUGCCGGAAAUUUCGGCACCCGGUUUGGAAUUUGUGCGUCUUGUUUAUUAUCUUGAACUUGUUACCGAUUCCAUGGACUGGGAUUGCUUCAAUGCAUCAAAGGGUCUAUGCUUUAUACCUGGCACUGAACGAACAUUACCGCAAUUCUGGUGUAAGCAGCUAAUGGAAGUGAGUCCACCGCCGGAUAUGUUGCGUGAAUUGGUGCUAGUCAAUCAGCACUCGUUGUGGCAACAGCCGCGACUCUUGGAACUGCCGAGAGAGUAUGAGCGUCUCUUUACGUAUUAUCAUGAGCGACCCUGUCUCAAUUGCUAUAAGGUGCCCAAGGAGAGUUCGAUUUGCCUGCUGUGCGGGGCAAUAGUUUGUCUCAAGCAAAACUGUUGUGCUGAGAAUGAAUGCUGUGAGGCUGUACGGCACACUUUAUCCUGUGGCGGCGGCAUUGGUAUUUUUCUGGUGGUUACCUCAACAUACAUCAUUGUCAUACGUGGACGGCGAGCCUGUCUCUGGGGCUCCCUUUACCUCGAUGACUUUGAUGAAGAGGAUCGUGAUCUAAAACGCGGCAAACCCUUGUAUUUGAGUCAAGAUCGUUUCAAUUUGCUGGAAUCCCAAUGGCUGUCCCAUAAAUUCGCUCACACAAAACACACCUGGGUGUUCCAUCGCGAUCUCUUGUGAAAUAUGGAAGAUUUACUACGCAGCAUACAGGAGCUGGUUGGUCAGAUAUAGAGAAAUAUAUAUAUAUGUAUAUAUAUAUAUAUAUAUAUAGAAAGAGGACAGAGAGUGACAGAGCUAAAGAGAGGGACGUAGAAGAACGUAAGAGAAUGAUAGCAGGAGAUGAUCCAUAUGAAGAAAGAUGUCCCGCUACCCGCCGCCUAGUCGAAACACACGCCCCGCAUUCACAUUCACCACAUCUUAAAGUAAAAAAGAAAAACUGCCUUUUCUGUUUAUGUUUUAA